GCUGUGCCGGAGACUGGUUUCUGAGGUGCAUCCAUCUCUCAGGGUUCACCUAGGCAGGCUCCAAGGUCCAGAGGCACACGAAGUGCGUACUAUCCCUUCUGGUUGCUGACUGCAAGAACCUGCCUCCCCUCUGCCACUAUGAGCGGCUGCUCCAAAAGAUGCAGACUCGGGUUCGUGAAAUUUGCCCAGACCAUCUUUAAACUCAUCACCGGGACCCUCAGCAAAGACAUCGCCUGGUGGUAUUACCAGUAUCAGAGAGACAAGAUCGAGGAUGAGCUAGAAAUGACCAUGGUUUGCCACCGGCCUGAGGGACUGGAGCAGCUGGAGGCACAGACGAACUUCACCAAGAGAGAACUGCAAGUCCUUUACCGGGGAUUCAAAAACGAGUGCCCCAGUGGUGUGGUCAAUGAAGAGACAUUCAAGCAGAUCUACGCUCAGUUUUUCCCUCAUGGAGAUGCCAGCACGUAUGCACAUUACCUCUUCAAUGCCUUCGACACCACCCAGACAGGCUCUGUAAAGUUUGAGGACUUUGUGACUGCUCUGUCGAUUUUACUGAGAGGGACAGUCCAUGAAAAACUAAGGUGGACGUUUAAUUUAUAUGACAUCAAUAAAGACGGCUACAUAAACAAAGAGGAGAUGAUGGACAUAGUCAAAGCCAUCUAUGACAUGAUGGGGAAAUACACCUAUCCUGUGCUCAAAGAGGACACUCCCAGGCAGCACGUGGAUGUCUUCUUUCAGAAAAUGGAUAAAAAUAAAGACGGCAUUGUAACCUUAGAUGAAUUUCUUGAAUCCUGUCAGGAGGAUGACAACAUUAUGAGAUCUCUACAGCUAUUCCAAAAUGUCAUGUAACUAAGGACACUGGCCAUCCUGCUCUCAGAGACACGGACAAACACCUUGAUGCCCUGAUCUGCCCUUGUUCCAAUUUUACACACCAACUCUUGGGACAGAACUCCCUUUUACACUUUGGAAGAAUUCUCUGCUGAAGACUUUCUACAAAAUCUGGCAUGACAUGGCUCAGUCUCUGAUUACCAACUCUUCCUCCUUCCUCCUCUUGAGAGGGAUGAGCUGAAAUCCGAGUUUGUUUUGGAAGCAUGCCCAUCUCUUCAUACUGCUGCCCUGUGGAAGGCCCCUCUGCUUGAGCUUAAACAAUAGUGCACAGUUUUAUGCUUCUACAUUUCCCCAACUCAUUGCCUCCAAGUCAGGCAGACCCUGAUGAAUCUGAGCCAAAUGUGCACCAUCCUCUGAUGGCCUCCCAAGCCAAUGUGCCUGCUUCUCUUCCUCUGGUGGGAAGAAAGAGCGUUCUACAGAACGAUCAGAGCUUACCAUGAAAAUAUCGGGAGAGGCCUAACACAUGUAGAAUAGGACUGAAUUAUUAAGCAUGGUGAUAUCAAAGGAUGCAAACUGCCCAUGUCAUUUUUUUUUUCAGACGUAGGGACUAAUAAUUCUCCCACACUAGCACCUGUGGUCAUAGAACAAGUCUCUUAACAUGCCCAGGAGGGAAACCACUGUCCAGUGACCUAUCCCUCCUCUCCAUCCCCUGCUCAAGCCCAGCACUGCAUGUCCCUCCCAGAGGGUCCAGAAUGCCUGUGAAACACAGUACUUUUAUAACCUGUUCUAAUCAAUAAACAGAACUAUUUCAUACAC